GGUAUUUACAUAUGCUAGUAAAGACAAACCUACUUAGCGAACAAGACGGUAAACUCGAUUUUGCUUCGCCCUACUUGCGCGCGCUCUACUUGCAACGACCUUGGGGAAGCACCGCUAGGCCAACAAAUGCUCCUGAAGAUUUCAAAAGUUUCCUCUACGAAACCUUCACCAAUAUGAAUGCUGAGGCCGUACGUAAGUCCUAUUCCGUUGGCAAAGACGGACGGCGUGCAGAUGCGUCCGGCACAAGAAUCGCUUUGAACCAGGCGUUGUGA